AUGAUCAUUAAAGAUGCGGACAGACAUCUCUAUCGCAUUGGACUACAAUUGGAUAGACAGUCUCCGACAUAUAAGCGCAAUGCUAUACAUAAUCCAUGGCUUAUAUGGUUAAUCGGAAUGGUAUAUUCAGUAUACGCACCGAUUAUGGUAGACAUGAAGUAUAUAUUGAAUACAUCGAUGCGUUGGGUAUCACUGUUCACUACAUUUGAGACCAGUGGGUUCAUAUUGGGCACAGUUGUUACCUUUCUAUAUAAAUAUGUUAGUCGACAGCUAGUGAUGAGUAUAUUUUUUACACUAUUGACUAUUGCAUCGGCGGUCAUACCAUUGGUACCUCAUCUGUAUGUACUGUAUUUGUGUGCGUUUGCCAUCGGUAUCAGUUCCAGUGUGUUUGUCUGUGCAGUUUCAAUGUGGAUCAUUGAAUUGGGAAGAGGCGGCAAAGUACCAAUUGUCCAGAUAUUUGAAUUGUCGUUCGGUAUCGGAUCCAUACUAUCGACUGUAGCCCUUAAACCCUAUCUAAUUGGUGAGACAUCAACAUCACCAACUCAUACAAAAUCAAACCAAACAUUUUAUGAUUUUAACCGCAAUGAGGAGUUGGUUAUUGAUGAGGAAGUGGUCAUUGACAGGCGAUCCCGUUUAAUGAAACCUACAUUGAUUAUUGGCUCAUGCAUUAUUAUAAUACCAAUAUCUUUGUUGGCAAUGUAUGUUAUGAGACCGUAUAAAGAGCCCAAAGAGAAAGGUAGUGAUGAUGAUAACGACAACAACAAUAUUAAUGAAAGGACAGGUAUGUCGACGGCAACAACUGAUAUCAAACUGUUUGACCGAAAGGAGACUCCGCGCAAAACUAUACGACUGUUGUUUGCACUGUUUUAUGCCAUGUAUUUGAUUUACGAGACGGUAUUCAUGAAGUUUGCCGUCACUUACUUUCAGUACUCGCCACUGAAGUUGUCGGCCGAACGGUCGGCCGAAAUCUAUUCGGUGGCCAUCAGUGUCUAUACGGCUGGACUCGGCCUUAACAUACUGUAUCCCUAUAAGUUUCAGAUAAAGACAAUCAUAUCAUUUCAUUAUGUAUUUCUAAUUGGCGGCUCAGUUAUGUUAAUACCGGCCCGAAAUUCACUGUCAUUUCUAUGGUGCAGUACUAUCCUAACAUGUAUGGGCUUUUCGGCCAUGUAUUCCGGUAUCUUAUCAAUAGCCGAACAAUAUCUGGAUAUGACUAACCGUUUGAGUGCACUGUUCCUACUGUUUCGCGGUAUACUAACACUGGUCACACCGUUUAUUGUCGGCAACUAUAUUGAAGACAACAGUUCAAUAUUUAUUAUAAUGGAGUUUAUCUAUUUGGGUGUUUCGUUGGUACUGUUUAUUACUAUUGAUAUUAUGAUUCGCCGGUUCAGACAUUUAUCAACGGUUGACAACAACAGUAAUAAACAUCAAGUGAUGAGACAAUUGCGUUCAAACAGUCAACCAAAUGAUAUGAGAAGACUCUCUGUUAUCAGUCAUUAG